GGAGGGGCUUAAGGCGGACGGGCAGGACACUGAAGCCGCCGUGUUUAGUCGAGAAGAGUGGAGCUCGUGGAAAAAGGGAUGAGAGGUGCGAGUCUCGAUGUAGCGGACUAUCACUCAAACACCGGGAGGCUCGAAAAGUUAGCUUAAGUUUUCAGGCGACCGAGGAGUGCGUAGCUUUAAGGAAUUUCGACCUUUAAACAAGGAGAUCCACGUAUUGUUAACAAACAUUGCGUGUUUAUUUAUACCUUUACUAUUAACAUGAAAAGAAGCCGACCAAUUGCGCGCUAGGCAAAUGUAAACAAAUUCAUGGAAAUGCAUUGUAGCUCCGGUUUGGUGUUGGAGAAUUGACUUUACUUUUCGUGGGACAUUCAACAGUUAGCUUUUUUAUUAUUUUCUCUUCAGUUUCACAUUCUUAACAGCUUAUUAUGGCAGAACACGAAAGUUUGGAGUUCGGAAAGGCGGACUUUGUUCUUCUGGACAAUGUGUCUUUGGAAGAGUUUAUGGCCAACCUUAAGCUCAGGUUUGAAAAGGGUCGUAUCUACAGCUACAUUGGAGAAGUGGUGGUGUCGGUUAACCCCUACCGUGCCAUGAACAUUUAUGGAAGGGACGUCAUUGAGCAGUACAAAGGCAGAGAGUUGUAUGAGCGACCGCCACAUCUUUUUGCCAUCGCCGAUGCUGCAUACAAAGCCAUGAAGAGGAGGAACAAAGACACGUGCAUUGUCAUCUCAGGGGAGAGUGGAGCUGGAAAAACAGAGGCUAGUAAAUACAUUAUGCAAUAUAUCGCUGCUAUCACCAAUCCCAGCCAAAGAGCAGAGGUGGAGAGGGUGAAAAACAUGCUGCUGAAGUCCAACUGUGUCCUCGAGGCUUUUGGAAAUGCCAAGACCAACCGCAAUGAUAACUCCAGCCGGUUCGGCAAGUACAUGGACAUCAACUUUGAUUUUAAAGGAGACCCCAUUGGCGGCCAUAUCAACAACUACCUGCUUGAGAAGUCCCGAGUCAUCUUUCAGCAGGAAGGAGAGAGGAGUUUCCACUCUUUCUACCAGCUGGUGAAAGGAGCUCCAGAUGCUCAGCUGCGAUCCCUGCACAUUCAGAGAGACCCCACAGCAUAUAACUACAUUAAAGUGGGAGGCCAGCUAAAGUCGUCAAUAAAUGACAGUGCGGAAUUUAAAGCUGUUGCUGAUGCAAUGAAAGUCAUUGGAUUUACUACAGAAGAGAUUCAGACGGUCUACAAGAUCCUGGCUACCAUCUUGCAUCUGGGGAAUCUUAAGUUUGGAACUGAUGGAGAUGUGACUUUAAUUGAGAACUCGAAGCUGGUGUCUGUGUUGGGGGAUUUGCUUUCCACCAAAGAGGAGAAUGUAGAGAAGGCCAUGCUCUAUCGUACGGUAGCCACUGGCCGCGAUGUCAUCGACAAACAACACACUCAUCAAGAGGCCAGUUAUGGCCGUGAUGCCUUAGCCAAGGCCAUCUAUGAGCGCCUUUUCUGCUGGAUUGUGGGACGAAUCAAUGACAUCAUUGAGGUGAAAAACUACGACGCUCGAGUUCAUGGUAAGAACACAGUCAUUGGAGUUCUGGACAUCUAUGGCUUUGAGAUCUUUCAGAAUAACAGCUUUGAGCAGUUCUGUAUAAAUUACUGUAAUGAGAAACUGCAGCAGCUCUUCAUUCAGCUGGUGCUAAAACAAGAGCAGGAAGAAUACCAGCGAGAAGGCAUCCCUUGGAAACAUAUUGACUACUUCAACAAUCAGAUCAUCGUAGAUCUCGUGGAACAGCAGCAUAAGGGCAUUUUUGCAGUGCUGGAUGAAGCAUGCAUGAAUGUGGGGAAGGUGACGGAUGAGAUGUUCCUACAGGCCCUCAAUGGGAAACUGGCCAAACAUGCCCACUACACUAGCCGCAAGCUUUCACCAACUGACAAAAACCUGGAGUUUGAGCGAGAUUUCCGUAUCCGCCAUUAUGCCGGAGAUGUCACUUACUCCGUUGUGGGCUUCAUUGACAAGAACAAGGACACCUUAUUUCAGGACUUCAAGAGGUUACUUUACAACAGCUCAAACCCUGUGCUUAAGGCCAUGUGGCCGGAGGGCAAGCUGAGCAUUACAGAGGUCACCAAACGCCCCCUGACUGCUGCCACGCUGUUCAAAAACUCCAUGAUAUCUCUGGUGGAGAAGCUGGCCAGCAAGGAGCCAUACUAUGUGCGUUGCAUUAAGCCAAAUGAUGUGAAGUCACCACUGCUCUUUGAGCAUGAGCGCUGCAAGCACCAAGUGGAGUACUUGGGCCUUUUGGAGAAUGUCCGGGUGCGGCGUGCUGGUUUUGCUAAUCGUCAGACCUACCCAAGGUUCCUUCAGAGGUAUAAGAUGAUAUCAGAGUUCACCUGGCCCAAUCACGACCUUUCAUCUGAUAAAGAGGCGGUAAAGCGUCUGCUGCAAGGUUGUGGGUUUGAACACGAUGUGGCUUACGGCAAGACCAAAGUUUUCAUCCGCACACCACGAACCAUCUUCAGUCUGGAAGAACAGAGAGCAGAGAUGGUGAAGAGGAUCGUCCUCUUCCUGCAGAAGGUUUGGCGUGGUACUCUGGCCAGAAUGCGUUACCGCCGCAUGCGUGCCGCGCUCAUCAUUAUCCGGGCAUACAGACGAUACAAGGUGAAGUCGUACAUCCGUGAGGUUAUCCGACGCUUCAAAAACGUCCGCGACAUGAAGGACCACGGAAAACAUGUGAAGUGGCCCACACCCCCUAAAGUCUUGCGCAAGUUUGAGGAGGCACUGAGGAGCAUCUAUAACAGAUGGUGGGCCUGGACGCUGAUUAAACCCCUUUCUCCAGAGAAGACUGUGCAGAUCAGGGCAAAAGUGGCCACAUUGGAGUGUCUGAAGGGUCAGAGAGCAGAUCUCGGACUGCAGAGAGCAUGGGAAGGAAACUACCUGAAAAAGGACAGUCCUGGGACAGCGUCUUCCUUUACUCUGGUGUCCAGUGAUCUGCAGAGGAAAGAUAAGUUCAUGAGAGUCCUCUUCUCCAGCAAUGUCCGCAAAAUCAAUCGCUUCAAUAAAGCAGAAGACCGAGCGCUGCUCAUCACUGAUCGCCAUCUCUACAAAAUGGAUCCCCUUAAGCAAUACAAGCCCAUGAAGAGCAUCCCACUCUAUAAUGUGACCGGAGUGAGCAUUUCCCCUGGGAAGGACCAGCUGGUCGUCUUCCAUACCAAAGACAACCGGGACCUGAUCGUGUGCCUGCAGGGCAUGGUGCCAGCGGGAGACAGCCGCAUCGGAGAGCUGGUCGGGACCCUGCUUAGCCACUUUAAAAGUGAGAAGAGGAAGCUACAGGUGAACACUGUGAGCCCCAUUCACUGCAGUAUGAAUGGAAGGAAGUGCACUGUGGUCGUGGAAACCAAGAUCAGCCAAUCACAGCCAGACUUCACCAAAAGCCGAUCGGGAUACAUUCUCUCGGUGCCAGGCAACUAGAGGACCAGGAUCCCAUUUUCCAGGACAUUUACAGCUGGGUAGUCAAAAUGAAGCCAUACCAAAUUUGCCUGAUUACAGGGCAAGGAGGAACGUUUAAUUUAGAGAAGUUUGUCCCUGAAUUCCAAACUUUAGCUUUGAUUAUUUACAACGUGACAAGGUGGUAUUAGGAUAGAUUUACCUGACUCGAUUCUAUUUAUUAAACAUCACAACCAAAUGAAGGGUGAUCAUGAAUGUAAUGUUUAUGAUUAACAGGAUAUGCAGAGUUUUUAAAGUAUCCAACUUGAGAUUCAAAGGGAAUAUAUUGGUUUUUGAUCACCGCUUCAUGUGGGAUGAAAAAUAGCUCUGCUUAAUUCCUGAUGUAUUGCACAGAUCAGAACAGAAGCAGUCCUGAGGUUGCUGCUCGGAUGUUUUUUUUUCUUUUUGGAUGUGUUGAUCAUAUCCGUAAACUCAUUCACUGCUCAGAGAGGAGCAUUAAACUCUCUCGUAAUUUAAACUUCUCUUUUUCUGCAUAUAGCUGGUCAUUUAUAGCAUAUAUUGUAUACAGAAACUGUCAUAUAGUUGGAUAUAGUUUGUAUCAUGUACUGUAUACGCAAUAUAUACAGCAUAGGUAGGAUGAAAACUCAUUUAUUCACAUAUCCCGUGACCUUGGAGUAGAUUUUUUAUGCCCUUUUGUCCUUCAAUAUAUAUAUAUAUAUAUAUGAAAGAAUUAUAAAUAAAACAAAAACAAACCACUUCUGUAAUGUUAAAGCCAUUAAGUGAACAUUUAUAUGACGAUAAACUAAAAAUGGAACUGUUCCAUCUAUAGAUGUUAAUGUUAGCAAAAUGAUACCCAUUCAAAACUCUGUAUUUCGAGAUUCACAUUGUGUUUCAUUUAUUUAUGAUUUUAAAGGGAUAGUUCACCCACACAUUUAGAUGCACUCAACCUGGUUCUAUAGCUUUAUGAGUUUUCUUUUUCUGUCACACACAAAAGAAGAUAUUUUACAAAAAAAGUUAAAACAUGAAGCAACUGGCUUCCAUAGAUCCAUAGUUAAUUCUUCCAUGUAAAUACAAAUACUGUGGAGGUCAAUAAUUACAUGUUUUCAAAACAUUUCAGCUGCUCAAGUGUGACAAGUGAUGAUUGAGUAAAUGAUGACAGAAUUUUCAGUUUUUGGUGAACUAUCCCUUUAAGGUCCCUUAAUACAAUUCAGAAGCGUAAAUAAAUGGAAAACAGCCAUAAAUCAAUGAAAAUGUUAAUAAAGGGGCGUUUAUUCACUUGAAACAGCAAAAAGGACAAAAUAAUAUUGUAACAUGCAAAACAGGAUCGCUAGAAACCCUACACAUCAGUGCGCAUGUACAGUCUUCAACAUAUAAACACAUCAAUGUCUGGUCGUCUGCCAUUGUUGUUUCACAAAUUAACAGUGCAAUCAAAGUGGAUAACAGUUUUAAACAGCAAAAAUCAGUCCAAGGCACUCGAGAAAUGUGGAAAAAAAAAUGUAAAAGCCUUUAUUGACUUGGCUAUUGCUUAAAACGGUAAACCUGCAACUAUUCCUUUUGGCAAACAACUGCCUUCACCAGGGUAGCGUUUUUAAUAUUUUUUCCAGAUUUUUUGUGUGCCUUGGACUAUUUUUUUUCUGUUUAUUCUGAUGAAUCUCUUACCCUAAGAGCAAAGACACAUUACAUAAGCUGUCCCCUGAGCAUUUUUUUUUUGUUUGAUUUUGGAUAAACAAGCCUGAAAUGCUGUUAUCAUAUAAAGGAACAGCCAAAACACAAUAAGUUUUCUAUUUUUAGUUGAAGCUAUGCUAUGUAAAUGUACCCAAACAAUGUUUACAAAGAGUGAAUCCAAAGUAGUCGCUAUUUUUACUUGAGCCAAAAAUCUACCACCAAAAAACAAAACAAAGAAAAGUUUGAAAAAUAAAACCUAUUUAGUUAGGGUAGGGUCUAAUUUAUUUCUGUCAGCUAUAGUUCUAUUAACACAGCAAACAGCGGGUGUUAAUAUUACCAGCUUUGCACAUCUGUCUGAGUAAAUGUGUUCAAAUAAGAGAGAGACAGAGAACAGUAUUGAUUCAUAGAACAAAAUCAACAGAGUUCUGAGUGGAAACUCCCAAGAUGUCUGACCCAGUUUGAAGCUUUCGCAACUGAUGAAAAAAAAAAAAGUGCCAAGCCGAAAACUGACUGUUGAUCUUCCUUCCAAAGCAGAUGUUUGCAUAAAUCUGUUUUCCUGUAAUUGUUUUCUUUUGUUUGUGGUUUGCAUUUCGAAAGAUAUUGUUUAUCAGUUAAUUAGGAUCAUUGCUUGUGGCCAAAAAUAAGCUUUCUCCAAUGUGUGUAUAUGUGCGUGUGGACUCGAUAUCAAGCUUUAAGCCACGGAUGCUGAUCUGUCGCUGACAGACUUUGAGCUCUAAGAAGUGAUCUGAAAUGAAGCUCAGUCAAUGUUGUUCAAAUCAUUUCAUUUAAGAUGUGUUUUUUCAUAGAAAACAAUAUUCAAGUCUUUCUCUCUCGUCCACUUCUUCAGUCCCUGCUUUCUAUUAGCCUGGAUUUGGUAAAGUAUGUCAGUAAAAGCAAGAACAAAGUAGUCUAGAUGGAUAAAAUCAGACGCUCUGCCCUAUUUUAUUCUCUCGUAGUUGUGAAAAGUAAAAUCCGAACACUAAACAUCUAUUAUCUUCAAUCGAACUGGCCUUUAGGUGGAAUAUAUUAAAAAUGUGUGCGCUGAUAAUAGGAGUUAUGUGAUUGUUCAAUUGCAUAAAAUAGAUUGAGAAGCUAGUUUCAUUCUGGCAUAUAUUGUUAGGGUUGUUAUAUGAUAUAUAAUUAUUUAUUUCUUUCCUGUGGUGAUUGGAUUUAAGUGCCGAAUACUUUCAGCUCCCAGAUAAACAUCCGUAAUUUCUAUUGUUGUAAUUAUAGCUUGGUUGAUAUUGAAGAUUUAGUCUGAUCCGAUCAAACCAUGUGCCUACUUUUAUACUUCUCUUAUUUAAUUAAUAUAUAUGUAUUAAAGUGAUGUUGAAAUUGUUAAAAAUGUGGACCAAACCGAAAAGGGAAUCCGGCUUAUACUGUGUGUUUUCUUGUUUACGUAUAUAUUAAUGCGAUAAUUAACAUGCAUUGUCAGAAAUUAGAAACCAAACAACUAGACCUUCAAAUCAAUGUAUUGAGUAGAAUCCGUAUUACUGAUUUAUGAUAGUCGGUUUUGUUAAUCAAGUAAACGCUGUAUCUGAUAUUUUCUCUUGAAAAUAAACGUGCCCUUGAAGUGUCUGCUCCGAGGCUCUUGCUCCAUCA